AUGAAGAAAUCAUUACAAUCGUCGUCCACUUCUCCUCCUCCACAGCAGAAACAAAAAUCUUCAACGAGGAGGAGGUUUAAAACCAUUUCAAAGUUUUUUAAUAGUAGCAGUGAACCAACUAAAAGAACUUUUCAUAAUCCUUCGAAUUAUUUCGAUAGCACGGAUAAUAACAGUGAUAACAGCCAUAACAAUGGGACAUCCUCGAAUUUGGAUGCGAAAGCAACCACAUCUACUUCCCCAUUGAGCUUUUACGACGAUGUAUCCAUUAUCAGCACCGCAAGCUCAUAUGACACUAAUAUACAUCCUGUUCAAGAACUACAGAAACAAAUCGAAGAUAAACAGAAAAAUUCUAUAACGGUCCAUCAGAAGAAACAAGUCCAGGAAUAUUCAAAGACUAAAAAAUCAUUGAGAUUGAAAAGAUUCUUUAAAAAGGAAAUAGUGGGAGCUGAGGUUUCUUCAGACCAUGAGGCAUCGCUCCAGUCUCAACAACAAGCACAAAUACAAGAUCUACAACAAAAACAUACUAAUAAUAAUAAUAACAAUAAUAAUAAUGGUGAUACUCAUCAUCAUCAUCAUCAUCACCAUCACCACCAACACCAUGGUCCAGAGGAUCAUGUCUCUAAUGGGAUGAUGGUAACGACAAAUGAAGGUUCACAUUCUUUGACUUAUAAAACACUAUAUGAAUCUGAUAAUAUUAAUGAUCUAAUAGGCCAGUACGGUACCCCGGUUAAGAAACUAGGUGAAGGUGCUACAGGCUCUGUAUCUGUUGUCAAAAAUCCAAAUAAUGGGAAACUAUACGCAAUUAAACUGUUCACUUUUAAGGGUGACACUCAUAAUAAAUCCAAUAUAGUCAGCUUUUCUAAAAAAGUGACCACCGAAUUCUGUAUAGGCUCUACUUUGCACCAACAAAAUGUGGUUGAAAUCACAGAUAUGUUACAACAAGAAGAAAAUGGUACAUUCAUGCUGGUAAUGGGUUAUGAGCCAUACGAUUUCUUCAAUUUGGUUAUGAGUGGAUUAAUGACAAUAAACGAAAUCAACUGUUAUUUCAAGCAAUUGUGUAGUGGUGUAAACUAUCUGCACUCCAUGGGUAUAGCACAUAGAGAUUUAAAAUUAGAUAAUUGUGUGGUAGGUUAUCAUGGUAUUUUAAAAAUUAUCGAUUUCGGAAGUGCUGCAAUAUUUAAGACACAUUUAAAUGACCUGAAUUUCAUGAAAGCGUAUGGCAUCGUGGGUUCAGACCCUUACUUAGCUCCAGAACUAUUAAACAAUUACCAUGCUUCCAUCUCCACCGGUUAUUAUGAUCCAAGACCUGUGGAUGUAUGGUCAAUAGCUAUAAUAUAUUACUGUAUGAUUACGAAGAGAUUCCCAUGGAAGGCUCCAAGAAUGAUAUAUAAUUCGUUCAGAUUAUUUUGUGAACAUCCAAGAGUGGCCAAAGAUACAACAGUGGGUCCAUAUAGACUACUGAAGGCCUUGCCCAAAGAAUCAAGGAGUUUAUUAGGUGAAAUGGUACUACUAGAUCCAAGAGAUCGUAUUUUAAUUGAACAUAUAGUCGAAGACCCUUGGUUUGAAUCUAUAGAGUGUUGUGGAAUAGAUAAAUCAGGCAAUCUUCUCAAAGCCCCAGUAUCACAUAAUCAUCAUUUAGACAUCGAUAAGGAUGAUGAAGAAGAUGAUGACCCAAGUACCGAUGAUGUUACGAUACUCAAAGAUUCCAAGAAUACAUCGAGUAAUGGAAGUAGUGGAAAACCAGUUUCAAAUCCUGCCGAUUCUUCUUUAACUGAUAAAAUUAGAACUUUAACGACUAAUGAUUGA